CUGUUUUUUAUUUCCAUGCCUAGAAGCAUGGGCGGGAGCGAAGAACACGGCGGCUAUGGCUAUGGCGGUCAGUACUAUCCCCCACCCGAUCCAAGCAUUUAUCCUCCCCCACAAGGUGCGUAUGGAUCGUAUCCCCCGAUUCCUUCACAGGACAGAGCUUUCGAUGCUCCACCAUACCCUCCUCCAUCCAAUCCCCCAAAUCUCUAUCCAGCUCCUUCGUACGAGCACGAUCACCACCACCACCAUCAUCACGAUCAUCACAGUCACCACCACGAUCACCACCGUCACGAAGAACACCAGGGACGCCCCGACCGUGAGCUCGGUCAACUCGUGAAGCUUUGCUGCCAGGCCAACAUGGAUUUCAGCUUGGCUGUUCGCGACGAUGGAGUGGUGCUCGUUCCUUCGAAUCAUCACGAUGAUUCUCAGCAAUGGUACAAAGAUAUGAGUUGGAGCACUCGAGUGAGAGACGAGAAAGGAUUCCCAGCGUUUGCUCUCGUCAACAAGGCAACCAGGAAGGCUCUGAAGCAUGCAACCGAGGAGUUACAGCAGGUCUUGCUGGUGGAUUACAAUCCUCGCGUGGUGGACGAGAGCGUUCUUUGGACUGUAAGCGAGGACAUGGGGAGUGGCUUUCGAACCAUCCGGAUGGCGAGCAACAUCAAGCUCAACCUCGAUGCGUUCCGCGGUGACAAGCGAUCCGGCGGAGUCAAGGAUGGAACUCCCGCGGUACUGUACCGCUGGAAGAAGCAGGAGAACCAGCUCUGGAAGAUCAUCCCGCUCUAAAGCAGUAGAGACUCUACUUAAAUCAAGCGGAAAGAGACAGGAAGAAAAAAUCAACCCGCUGGUAAAUAAAAGUAUCUUUUUUUUUUCCACUCCGACAGAUUCGCAUACGACGCCACGCAUAUGCUGCGAUCUGUCCUUCUCACGCGCAUUCUCUCAAAAUACAUAAGCAUUUGGGAAA